UGGUACAUGUAGGUCCGGCCUUGUCAUCUGCACACAACUGGCAGCGGAAUCUUUUCUCCCCUCCACACUAUCCCAGCAGCACAGCACUGGCAGACAGAAGCUAACAAUGGGAAAGUCAUUGGCCUUGUUGGCUGCAGCGUUUGUUCUGGGGGGAUUUUUAGAAGCAGCUGUGGAGCUCACCGACAACUCAACCACUCACACAGAUCCGUUCUUCAACGGCACACACAGGAGAGUGAACCUCUCUGAGGCUGUCAGUGAGGAGGAUCAGAGCAGCAGAGAACGGCCGACCGAGGCCACUGCUGCAGAGACAACGAGUGUCACACAGACGGACAAACCUCUGGAGGAAAAGGACAGCGAGGACGACGGAGAUGACAGAAAGACGGCAGAUAAGAAAGUUCCACUGGACUGCCCUCCUCUGGGACUGGAGUCCCUGAAGGUGGACGACAGCCAGCUGCAGGCUUCCUCCUACCAACGCACGGGUCUGGGUCCUCACAGGGGGAGGCUGAACAUCCAGUCUGGCAUUGAGGACGGGGACCUGUACGACGGCGCCUGGUGUGCUGGGCACAAAGACCGACAUCAGUGGCUGGAGCUGGACGCCCUUCACAUGACCCUGUUCACCGGGGUCAUCCUGCAGGGUCGGAAUUCCAUCUGGAGUUGGGACUGGGUCCAAACCUACAAAGUUCAGCUGAGCAACGACUCUGUUGACUGGAAAAGCUGUAUGAAUGGCACAGAGGAGGCGGUAUUUGUGGGGAACCAGAACUCUGAGACCCCGGUGCUAAGUCUCCUUCCUGUUCCUACCGUGGCUCGCUUCAUCCGCAUCAACCCACAGACCUGGUACCCCAACGGAACCAUCUGCCUGAGGGCUGAGAUUCUGGGCUGUCGAGUUGAUGAUCCAAGUCAUGUGUACGGCUCUGAGCAGCAGCCAGAACCACAGGACUCUCUGGACUUCAGACACCACAACUAUAAGGAGAUGAGGAAGCUGAUGAAGUCCGUGAACGAGGAGUGUCCAACUAUCACCCGCAUCUACACCAUCGGCCGGAGCUACCUGGGCCUCAAACUCUACGUCAUGGAGAUCUCAGAUAAUCCUGGGAAACAUGAACUCGGUGAACCGGAGUUCCGUUACGUGGCUGGGAUGCACGGGAACGAGGUUGUAGGCCGAGAACUGGUCCUUAACCUUAUGCAGUACUUAUGUAGAGAGUACAAGAAAGGUAACCAGCGCGUGGUACGACUGGUGACCGAGACAAGGAUUCACCUCCUGCCCUCCAUGAAUCCUGAUGGCUACGAGUUUGCUUAUCAAAAGGGCUCAGAACUGGCCGGCUGGGCAGACGGACGCUACAGCUUUGAAAGAAUCGACCUGAAUCACAACUUUCCGGACCUGAACAACAUCAUGUGGGACGCUAAGGAGCUAGCAGCUGAUCCGUCCAAAGUUCCGAACCACUACAUCCCCAUGCCGGAGUACUACACCAAGGAUGACGCUACUGUUGCACCAGAGACCAGAGCGGUCAUCAACUGGAUGCAGGAGAUUCCUUUUGUUCUCAGUGCCAACCUCCACGGUGGAGAGCUGGUUGUCUCAUAUCCCUACGACUGCACCCGUGACUGGGCCCCUCAGGAAAAAACACCCACACCAGAUGAUGCAUUCUUCCGCUGGUUGGCCACAGUCUACGCCUCCACGAACCUGGUGAUGGCCAAUCCCGACCGACGCAUCUGCCACAACGAGGAUUUCCAGGCGCACAACAAUAUCAUCAACGGCGGAGACUGGCACACUGUCCCUGGCAGUAUGAAUGACUUCAGUUACCUCCACACCAACUGCUUCGAGGUGACCGUAGAACUCUCCUGUGAUAAAUUCCCUCACGCCAGUGAGCUGCCCACUGAGUGGGAGAACAACAGGGAGUCUCUGCUGGUUUACAUGGAGCAGGUUCACAGAGGGAUUAAAGGAGUGGUGAGGGACAAGAUCACCAAAAAGGGAAUUCCAGACGCUAUCAUUAAGGUGGAGGACCAUGACCACGACAUCAGAUCAGCUCCUGACGGUGACUACUGGCGCCUUCUGAACCCCGGGGAGUAUAAGGUGAUCGUUUGGGCCCUGGGCUACCUCCCGUCCAUGCGCCGGUGCCACGUAGGAAUGGAGCCACGUCCCACCAUCUGUGACUUCACCCUCACCAAAACACCCGAGGAGAGGCUGAAGGCGAUCAGAGCCAAAGGAGGGAAGAUCCCGCAGGACCUUCAGAUGCGUAUCAGAGCCUUGAGGCUCCGGAAGCUUCGCGCCAGCACCAAGGUCAUCAACCAACGCAGGGAGAGUCAGAGGCUGCAGCAGGAGCAGGCGCUGAAGACCAGGAAAGCUCGCACCUCCAGAUCUCUGAGGGCAUGAGAGACGACGGGAUGAAGACGCCUCGUAGGAGAGCCAGAUGACAGGUUCUAGAGCAGACCUGGGCAAACCACGGCCCGAGGGCCGGAUGUAGCCCGUUUGGCUUUUUAAUCUGGCCCACCAAACUUGUCUAUUAUAAUAUUAACUUCUAUUAUCACCAUUGUGGCCCAUAAGUUAAAAGGUUUGCCCACGCCUGUUCUACAGGAUCAAAGUUCAUCAACUGAGAAGUGACAUUUCUUCACUGUGACUAAAACCAAAGGGUUGAUCCACCGUUUAGCAAAGCUCUGUUUCUGUCUUUCUUGACAUAAACAGUUUAUCACUGGUUAGAAAACGAAUAAGAUUUUCAUUAAGGAUGAAACUUCUCACAACAAGCUGGACUUUUCUUCAGCCCGUCAUCAUUAGUGUUAAUUCAAGUUUGGAUUUGUGAACUUUUUUUUCUCAUGUUUGCAGACGAUACUGUUGAUUUCUGUUGAGUUGGAGAUUUAAGUGUCAGCUGGUCUGAUAUACACACUGUGUUGCUUUAUUUGACUUCAAAUGUAAAAUAAAAAGAACAUAAACAGA